AUGCAGACCAAACUGAGCGCCUGGACACCUCUGAACCACCCGCUGUCCAACAGCAAGGUUUUCGAAGAGAGAAGGAGCCUUCUGGCAAAGUGGUUUGACAGGUGGUCAGACAGCCAGAGGAGGGCGGUGCUGCAGGACUUUGUGCUGAGCUGUUCAGUGGAGCAACUCAGUUUCCUGAGCCUCAGUGUGAGCAGACGGCUCCCUCUGCAGGCCGCAGACUUCACCUGCCUGCUGCCCAGAGCCCUCUGCCUCUACCUCUUCUCCUUCCUUGACCCUCGCAGCCUCUGCCGCUGCGCACAGGUGAGCUGGCACUGGAAGAGCAUAGUGGAGCUGGACCAACUGUGGAUGCCUAAGUGUCUGAGGCUCGGCUGGUGCAUUAACUUCUCCCCCACACCGUUUGAGCAGGGUGUCUGGAAGCGGCACUACAUCCAGACUGUGCUAGAGCUUCGAUUCAGCCCUCCGCAGAAAUAAAAAAAAGUAAAUUUUGCCUCAUCUCAGCAGCAGUUACUGGUCCCAGAUGUGAUAACAAUCAGCAGUAGACAUGAAGAUCCAUCAGAGGCAGUCUUCCUGGGGGAGGAGCGUCCAGUGACUGCCUCCCAGCAAUGUGAAAGCAUCUCGGGGAUGGGACUGAAGAAGGAGAAGCAGUCGACUGUACCGCCACCAUGGAGAGACUCUGACAGGCAUCCUAAAGACACACUACGCUUCAACUACCUCGACAACCUGGACCCCAUUGAGCAAACAAGGAGCAGAGCCACCACCUGCCGCACUAACACACUGAAGCCAGAUGACGAGAGGAAGAAGAAAGCACUGUCUGAGGCGAAUUACAAACUACGCAAAGCCAAAUCGCUGAUGUUCCUCAGCUCAAACUGCAGACCUAAGCAUCCUCCUCCUCCUCCUCCUCCUCCUCUUCCUCAGUCUCGACCCCACUGGGCAUCUCACAGUCACGACUACCCCGUUGCCAAGGAGACCGCCAAGAGCCUGCUGAGGCUGGCCCAAUGGAACGCCGGCAUACGUCCGGGGCCGGUGAGGGCGGCCGUGCCCAGGCUGAGCGUGGAGGCGCUCAGGGCAUCCCAGCGUUCACACAGGAGCGCUCCCAGUACUUCACUGUUUGAGCUCCAGCCCUGGACUGUAUCUGCAGCACACUCACACAAGACGAGCAGUGAAGCAUGUCUCCCUCUUCAGGAAGACAUCGGAACAACAACCUGA